AUGAACACCGUCGAUGGCAAUUCUCCUGGCAUCACCGCCUCCUCCGCAGAGGGCGAGGACGCAAAACCCCCACAUCAACCCCCUCAUUCUGUUGCACCGGGAGAACUUGACUACAGCACGCACUGCCUAUUCUGCGCCGAGGAGCUUGACGAUGAGGGCCCUGACCCAUUGAUCACGACAUCCUGCGGCCACCGCUUCGGCGCCUCUUGCCUCACCAAGUUCAUGGCAUCAGAUUUCGCAGGAAACCACGUCCGGUGCCCCAUCUGCCGCACUAACUUCAAGCUAGGGGAGGUGCUCGGUAUCGCUCUACCUAGGGUAGUCUCAUACACUUCAGUAGGUAUCACUUAG